GUGAGUAUGAAGCUAACUGCUUCCGGUAGGCGUCUGCGCCCUCGCUGGAUAGAGCGCCCGAGUAUGAUACCUAUUAAGGGAACACAGAAGUGACUCACGAUGAAUCAAGCGCUUGGGGAACUCAUAUUGUACCAAUAGUAUCUUCAAUAACAGGAUUAGAUUGCUAUCGAUAGUGUUGUUUUGAUUGUUUCAUGUGGUAGUGUACGGAGUAGUCUUGGUGUUGGAGGAAGGAUCAUGAUGAUUUCCAAGCAAGAGUUGAUUUCCAAUCAAAGUGUGGCGUGGGUGAUAACGUAAUCGUGGCGUCCCACCACCAACGGCUAAGCGAGGUCUGCAGAAUUCACAACCUCAAGAAGAACGUUCAAAUCCCCUUCGGACCCCUCCCCCCAGCACCACCACAACUAACCACACAGCACCGAAAAAAUGGCUCGCCGUCCAGCUCGUUGCUACCGCUACUGCAAGAACAAGCCGUACCCCAAGUCGCGCUUCAACCGUGGUGUCCCUGACCCUAAGAUUCGCAUCUUCGACUUGGGCAGGAAGCGUGCCUCCGUCGACGAUUUCCCAGCAUGUGUCCACUUGGUCUCCAACGAGCUUGAGCAGCUCUCCUCCGAGGCUCUCGAGGCUGCCCGUAUCGCCGCCAACAAGUACCUUGUGAAGAACUGCGGAAAGGACGGUUUCCAUCUCCGUGUCCGCGCUCACCCUUACCACGUCAUCCGUAUCAACAAGAUGUUGUCGUGCGCAGGUGCCGAUCGUCUUCAGACCGGUAUGCGUGGUGCCUACGGAAAGCCUAACGGAACUGUCGCCCGUGUCAAGGUACGCCAAACUGAACCAUCUUCUAAUUCAAUAGCACAUCCUAACAAUACUGUACAGAUUGGCCAAAUUCUCCUCUCUUGCCGUACUCGUGACGCUAACCAGCCUCACGCCAUCGAGGCCCUCCGCCGCUCCCAGUACAAGUUCCCUGGUCGCCAAAAGAUCAUCAUCUCCAAGAACUGGGGUUUCACCCCUCUCAGGCGUGAGGAGUACGUCGAGAAGCGCCGGGAAGGAAAGGUCAAGACCGACGGUGCCUACGUCAAGUUCCUCAGCAACAAGGGCCCCAUCGCCGACAACCUCCGCGCUUUCCCCGAUGCCUUUUAAGCAAUUGAUGAUAGGACAAAAAGGGAUGCAUGGAUGAAUACCUGGGUGUGGGCGAAGAUGCAUUGAUGAGAGCAGGUCGGGGCGACCGAUGUCUUCGUGAUGAGGCACGGCAAUUUCCGACAACUGCAAUGGGUUCAGGCGUUAUGCACCAGGAUAAUUACCUAGUGUAGCUAGGUAAAACUGCUGUUUCUCAUAA